AAAUUUCAUGAAUCGAUGUUGCCAUCGGCGCCUCUUGGCACCGAUCGCCGCCAGUCUUGCCGCUCCUGGCUCCGCGGACAUGCACAUACAUGCGUUGGUGCUCUCCUCGUUUUUCUUCUCAUUCGCAGCUUCCAGCAGUAUCGCAUGACGUUUGCGAUUCUGGAAGAAUCCCGGCGUACUAUCGUCCUCAUUGCCAACUACCGAGACUCGACGCGCUGCGCGCAGACGCUGCAGUCGCUCUUCACCAACGCGGCCCGUCCCGACCUGCUGUCAUUAAGUCUAUUCGAUCAGAUCUACAGCCAUGAGCGAACUUGCAUGGACGUGUACUGCGCCGACGUGGGGGAAGCCCACUGCCGCCGCCAUGCUGUCCGCCGCAACGACACACUGGACGCAGCAUUGGCCACAGGGCCCACCAAGGCGCGCUACGAGACGGAGAAAGGCAUCGAUGUGCACAUGGACACAUUUGCAUUGGCCGUUGACUCGCAUAUUGUGUUUGUACAUCACUGGGACAUGGAGCUCAAGUCCCAGUUCGAUUCGUUAGCCAACCCCAAGGCGGUGUUAACUGUCUACCCCAAAUCGACCACCCGCACGCUCUUUGAUCAGUGGACUAUGCGGUGGUUGGGUUUAAGUUCCACGUCGGUCAUGUGCUAUGCGCGAAUUGAGACCAUUGACGAUGAUGCGAUGGUGCAGUACAGCGCCCCGGCGCAACAAUUCAUGCCUUAUCGGUUCUCGCCAGUCUUGGUGAGUCAAUUCGCCGGUGGGUUCAAUUUCGGCUCGGCCGCCGGCGCGUUACAAGUGCGGAACGAUCCGUUUACACCGUUUUUGUUUCACGGCGAAGAGUACUCGAAAGCUGCACGUCUAUUUACCCACGGGUAUGACAUGUACGCCCCCAUUCGCGAUGUCGUGUACCAUUACUACGAGGAACGCCCAGUGGUGUGGGAACGGGACUGGCCACAGCGCUAUGUGAUCCAGCAGCAGUCCAAGCGGCGCAUCCGAGCCCUCCUUGGUCUCCCCGUGACUUCGAAUGACUAUGAUACGACCAACAUGAGUCAAUUCGGUCUCGGCCAUCUCCGAAGCAUGGCGUCCUUCAUCGAGUUCUCUCGUAUCGACCCCUUGGCCCCCAAAGACGGACUCAACUCGCAGCAGUUUCAAAACUGCGGCACAUUAACCUAUGUCGAGCCCACGGUGUAGAGUAAGUAGUACAGUACUACUAGUUAACCACGUGCGAUUGCAUGAAUAGCAUACUAGUAUAUAGAAUUCUCGUUAUGGCAUCCCACCCAAUGGUGCAACGGUAACGUUAUA